AUCUGGAGAUAUAAAAGGUUUAUUCUACGGUAACAAAAACAUUAAAUUCUUAUUUUCAGGUGAUUCUGCACUAAUGAAAACAUCGUUGCACAUUGUAUUAAAUUCCUGCCAUAUUCCCUAAACAGAGCUCCCCAAGUCUUACUCACCAGACCUUUUAAAAUCCAAUUUCUUUUUUCUUCAUAGGGCUCCGACGUUUCCCAACUGUACCUGAAAGCAGCACAACACAUGCACACCGUCCCCGCAGUCCACAGCACACACAGCCGCUACCUGCCAGGCGGAAUGGACGUAUCCUCCAGUACCUACAGCUUCAUCUUCAGCCCAGCGGAGCCGCGGGAAAAACCAGGCCCGACAUGACAGCACCGGGACGGGAGAAGAAAAGCCGCCAGCAGCCGCGGGUGACCGUGCGUCCGGAGGCGGUGUGGGCUGCGGGUCGCUACGCGGUACUGGCCGCCCUGUGCGCACUGUGUUACAGCAACUCUCUCCGCGGGGAGUUGGUGCACGACGAUGUGUGGGCUAUCAUCAACAACCCGGACGUCCGACCGGGCUCCAGCCUCAAAAACAUCUUCAGCAACGACUUCUGGGGCAAAAGGAUGGCGGACAAUACGAGCCACAAGUCGUACAGACCGCUGUGCAUCCUCACCUUCAAGUUGAACAUCCUACUCGGCGGCAUGACGCCUCUCUACUUCCACAUCGUCAACGUGUGCCUGCACUGCGCCGUAACCUGCCUGCUCAUGCACACGUGUGAGCGCUGCUCAUUCGAAGACUCGCGCCUAGCCUUCGUCACGGCACUGCUCUUCGCCGUGCACCCCGUCCACACUGAAGCCGUGUCUGGUAUCGUGGGCAGAGCUGACGUCCUGGCCUGUCUGCUGUUCUUACUGACGUUCCUCUCCUAUAUCAGGAGUGUGGGUGUGUGCGUCUCCGAUAACUCUCUGCCCUCCACGGUGUCGGUGGGGUGUCUGCUCGUCAGUUUGUUGCUGGGCACCUGUGCCAUGCUGGUCAAGGAGACAGGCAUCACCGUGUUUGGAGUGUGCGUGUUGUACGACGCCCUGGUGCUCUGCCGCAGGCCUCUCAUCUAUCAUCUUUCUGGCUCCAGACUCGGGGACCUUCUCCACAUUUGCAGCCCCUUCAUCAAACGAGCCUGCCUCAUCUCUGCCUAUGUGGUGAUCAUCAUGUCAGUCAGGCUGUGGCUGAUGGGAGGAUCUAUGCCUCUCUUCUCUGAACAGGACAACCCUGCCUCCUUCUCACCUCACCUGCUUACCAGGAUUUUGACCUAUUCCUACCUGCUUUCCUUCAAUGCCUGGCUGCUGCUGGCCCCCAUCGUGUUGUGUUACGACUGGCAGGUGGGAAGCAUUCCCCUGGUGGAAUCGCUGGGCGACGUGCGCAACGUGGCCACAGUGCUGCUGGCCGUGGUGAUGGUCGCUCUUUGCCUGCACUGCAUCUUCUCACUGCAGAGGCAGCAGAGCAGGGAGGUGUUGGUGGGAAUGCUGUUCCUGGUGUUUCCCUUCAUUCCUGCCAGUAACCUUUUCUUCAGGGUGGGAUUUGUCGUGGCCGAGAGGGUUCUCUACAUGCCAAGUAUGGGUUACUGCAUCCUGGUGGCUCAUGGCCUGGGACGGCUGUGUUCGGUGGUGGGCCGUUGGGGCACCACAGUCCUCAGUGUCUCCAUGCUGCUGCUGCUCCUUCUCUUCUCCUGGAAGACCGUCCAGCAGAACCACGUCUGGCUCUCGAGGGAGGCCCUCUUCCGCUCUGGUAUCCAGACUCUGCCUCACAAUGCCAAAGUCCACUACAACUACGCCAACUUUUUGAAAGACACCGGGCGGCACCAGGAGGCCAUUCACCACUACACCACUGCCCUCAGGUUAUACCCCCGCCAUGCCAGCGCCAUGAACAACCUGGGAACUCUGACUCGCAGCCCAGAGGAGGCUGAGCGCUACUACAGGAAGGCACUGGACAUCAACCCUCAGCAUAACCGAGCUCUGUUCAACCUGGGAAACCUCCUCAAGGCCCAGGGCAAGGAGGAAGAAGCUGUGACUCUGCUAAAGGACUCCAUACACUUCGGUCCACAUUUUGCUGAUGCUUACUCCAGUCUGGCAUCACUCUAUGCCGAGCAGAAACGCUUUGCUGAAGCCAAUGAAGUGUAUCUGAAAGGUAUAGAGAACUGUCCGGACAGCUCCGACCUGCAUAAUAACUACGGAGUGUUUCUGGUGGAUACAGGAGAGGGGGAGCUGGCAGCUGCUCACUACCAACAAGCUGUCAGACUUAAACCAGCGCAUUAUGUUGCCAUGGUUAACCUGGGCCGCCUGCUACGAUCAUCCAAUGAGAACAAGGAAGCUGAGUCUUGGUACAAGAGGGCAUUGCAGGUGACGAGGAAGGUCGACAUCCUGACUCCACUCGGAGCUCUGUACUACAACACAGGUCGCUACGAGGAGGCCCUGCAGGUGUACAGAGAGGCGGCCACCCUGCAGCCUGACAGCACCGACAUCUGGCUGGCUCUGGCUCAGGUCUUAGCCAUGGCCGGUCGUACCAAAGAGGCAGAGAAGAUGACCCUGGACAUCAUAUCCAGAGAAGGCAGCUGUAUCGAAUGUUACCGCCUCCUUUCUGCCAUCUACAGCAAGCGUGGCAACUACACAGAGGCUCUGGAUGCUCUGGAUCGGGCCCUCCAGCAGAAUCCCAGUGAUCUGACAGUGAGAGCAGAGCUGUAUUUCUCCAAAGGAAACCAGCUGAGAGAGAUGAACCAGCUGGACCGAGCCUUUGAGAGCUACAAGCUGGCUGUGGAACUCAAACCUGACCAGUCUCAGGCCUGGAUGAACAUGGGAGGGAUUCAGCACAUUAAGGGAGACUAUGCAGCAGCCAGAAUGUACUACCAGCGAGCCCUGCUUCUGAGCCCUGGUUCUAAACUUCUGAAGGAAAACCUAGCCAAGCUGGACCGGCUGGAGAGGAGACUGACAGGGGGGGCAUAGACCACCACGAUUCUCCAGACGCUGCACUAUCCAGGGCACAAAUCAGGGGAGUAGGACACUGCCCGUCCCCUCCGGAAGCCCAAACACCAGCCCCCAGGCUGCUGGAUAAAACAGACCUGGUUAGUAAGACGACCUGCCUGUGUGAGAGCAGAGGAGGAAGGUCGACCUGCAGCGUGUUCGGAGGUGUACCCAGUGUGCUGGACUCAAAGAGACUGGUCGAGCCACAGAAGCCUUUCCUGGAGUAAGCAGAAGGGAAUGGCUGGUUGGAGACCACUGGGAGCUCCAUGUGUCUCCCCGUCUACAUCAGCUUUACUUCAACAUGCACAUCUGCUUCUGACAUUUGUGUUUGAUUGAUUUGUUUUAUUUAGGUUUAUGUGAAGUCAUUUCCUUUAUGGCACUUCAUCACACGCAUUAUAAUUCAGUCAUCUGCUCUGCCUAUGAGUACUCUUCAUAUAUUUACAUUAGUGCAGUGAAAGUGUGGAAACUGUUUUUAUUAUGAAGGGAAUGAGCAGCUUGGCCAUUCGUGACCUUUGGGAACUGUUUGUGUAAGAAAAUAAUCCAAACUCAAAGGUCCACUUGCUAGCUAUUCAGAGCUUUCACCUGCGUGGUCCUGUUCUACACAGAGACAUGUAGUGGUCACGCAGAGAGUCCGUACAGUCACAACAAACUGGAGGUACAACUUGCAGAUGCUGAAAAUAAAACUGAUCUAAGUCAACGGCUCACAUUCCACCACAGAAAACUUGUGGUCAUUCACAUCCAACACCGACCAAGAGGUGGCACAGUGAUUGUUUUGCAGGGUUGGGGAAGUCGCUUUGAAGAUGUAGCUCAUGAAGCUACCAGUUACUAUGCUUUAGAAGAAAUGAACGUACAGCAACACUACACUUUCGUCUUAAGUAGUAAAUUUACAGGACAGGUUGGCUACUGGUCAUGCUCUCACUCUGUACCAUACUUGAUUUUUAAAAUAGCUACACAACCCAGAUGCUGCUGAUUUAUUAAACUAGUACCUCUGAUGACUGACAAUGAAGUUCUGAGUCAAAUCAAGUCAAGUCUGAAACUUGAAAGUUGAUAUGAUAUGAAUCAAAGUUCAUGUGGGGCAUUACAGCAUGAUGCAGCUACAUUGCUUCACUAAACCCGCACCAUCCACAGACUCCUGGCUGCCGACAGCACAUUAACCAGAUACGACAAAGAACACAGUUUUAUUCUUAUUUAAACCAGCGAAUGUAAAGGUCAAUGGCAGAUAAACCAGAGUUUUUUCAUGUUUAAUUGUGAUAAUCUGAAGCACACUCUUUCCUCCUGCUCUUUGAAUUGGCUGUCGUGAGAUUGACAGCACUGUAUCUGUUAUCAUGAAAACGAUGAAAUGAGGAACCAGCUGCAUUCACUGGAGAGACGCAGUCAAAAGCUCCAAAAAGCUGAUAAGUGGACCUUUGAGUUUAAAU